AUCAGGCUCGCGCGGGCGUGCGGUUAAACUGAAGCGUAUUGCGACAGCAGACUGAAUAGACAGCACAGACUGCGCUGUAAUAAGGCUUUUAUAAGACCAUGUCUGCUCAGGUCGAGGAGACAGUCCCUGCCCCGGCUCCUGCCUCUGCUCCGACCCCCAAGAAGAAGGCAGGCGCCCCUAAAGUCAAAGCAGCGGCGAAACCCGCCUCUCCGGAGGGCAAAAAGAAGAAAAAGAAGAAGAGCAAGGGUCCCGGAAAGUACAGCAAGCUGGUAAUCGAUGCCAUCCGGACCCUGGGGGAGAAAAACGGCUCGUCCCUCUUCAAGAUCUACAAGGAGGCGAAGAAGGUGAGCUGGUUUGACCAGCAGAAUGGCCGGAUGUACCUCAAGUACUCGAUCCGCGCGCUGCUGCUGAACGACACGCUGGUGCAGGUGAAGGGUCUGGGCGCCAACGGGUCCUUCAAACUCAACAAGAAGAAAUUCGAGACCAAGAAAACCAAGAAGAGCACCACCGCCAAGCCCGCCAAAGCGCCGAAACCAGCCAAGAAGCCUGCCAAAAAAGCCACGGAGAAAAAGGAGAAGAAAAAGAAAAGCGUGAAGAGCGCGAAGAAGGCGACCACCGCCCCCAAGAAGAAAACCUCCAAGCCCAAGAAAGCCCCCAAAAAGCCAGCAGCCCCUGCCAAGAAGAUGACCACCAAGGCGAAGGCGCCGAAACCGAAAAAAUAGACUCUUAACCUCUUUUUUUCCUUCUAACUGCUUCAGGCUUUGGUUAAAGGCUUGUCUUACUCCCACCUGUUUCCCUUCAUGCUAAGCAUGUCAGCUGUAUGUAAAUAUUGCUUAUAUGUAUAUGUAGAGUUUAGAGAGAAAGACAUGACUGUUUUUUUUUUUACUUAACUGUAAGUCUUGUUUCUAUUCUUUUGUCUUGAUUGUUUUUUUUUUCUUUUGUGGAGCCAAUUUUACAUAGCUGUUGCACAGCCACGCCCACUUUUGGAUUUGCUCUUCUGUGUGUAUUUCAGUUCAUGCUCUUUUAUUAUUUUUGUUACGUGUGUAAAAUCAAUUAAAUGUCUUUUUUAUUAAAUGUUUCUUAUAAAAUCUUAAAAGAAGAUA